AUGCACAUCAAGGCCACGUCUCGGGGUCUUGAAAGGAAUUUGGCUUCACCCAACAUGGAAAAGCUCAACGAAGACACCCUGCACACUUUACUGGCACACAUCCAAAUUGCAGUCUGGAGAGAUGGUGUGCCUAUCACAAAACUGAUAAAGAUGCUUGCCCAACUCCCGGCAAGCACCAGAGGGCCUUUUCCGGCAACAAGAGAAACCAUAGAGUUGGUUGUUAGACGCUUUCCCUCGGCUCUUUUCAUAGACGCUUAUGACAAGGUCCACAAUCGUUCAAAAGACAGUCCAGUGUCUGCAGGCGUGACAAGAAAGCACACGCUGUCUGCUUAUAAGUUGAGUACCAUCAUGCGUUUCUACGAUGUCAAGGGCCGCAUGACCCAGGUGAUGAGUGGCUAUGGCUUUGCCACGAUGGAACAUCCUGUAAAAUCACUUGUUUUUGUGCGUAAUAUCUAUGUCGAGCAUGCAAGACCCGAUGACCCAAACAGACUCGGCCUGAUAGUAGGGGAUGUAAUCAUCAUGGACGUAGAAGAGAAUGUCGCAAGCAAAACAGCCCCUUUCGAUGCUGUGCGUGUGCGACUUCUUGAAGCUGCCCAGCAGCAUGGGCAUAAUUUGCGCACCACAUCGGUGGUGUCUCGUGCAAACAAUGUUCGUUUUGAUGCUACGCCUGUGAAACAUCUCAAAGGUGCUACUCAGUCAGCUUGCAAUGCACCCCCCACCGUGCCUUACGCAAAUAACAAAGAGCAGUUGUCAAACCAGGUUGGCGUCAUUCAUUCGCUCGAUCGCAAUGGUGGCAUCAUUACCUUUGGCUGCCAAGGUACAGAGUGGGCCUUCUUUACGAGAAAUAGCGUUCCGAAGACCUUGCUGAGAGCCACGGAGAUGAUGCGUGAGGUAUUCAGUGUUGGCGACAAGGUGUGCCUCGACGUGCAGCGAAACCGUAAUACGAGAAGGCAAGAGAAGUGGGAGGCAACCAUGGUGACCACGAUUCAGCACAACACGCGCAGUGUAGUGUUUGAAGAUUACACGGCACCUCCCAGAUUGGCUGUGAAGAGCCGCAUUCCCAAGACCUCACUGAAACCCACGGCAACAUCAACCAAGGCAUCUAGUGUUGGUGACGAGUUGUGCAUCAGUGCGCGGCAACACUUUCAGAGCAAGCGAGAGAAGGGCGAGGUAGCCGUGAUGAACACAGACCAACACAGUGGGUCCAGUAAUGUCUGUAGUGUGCCUACCAGGACUGCAGCUGCAAUGGAGGAAGAGAAGAAAAAGAUGCCUUGCACGAAUGCCACGAAGAAAUGGAUGCCCGGUCGUCUCGUCCUUGACCAGUGCGUCAGCGCAACGUUCUCUGGGCGCAGAAAGCUGUCAGGCUACAGAGGCACCCUUCAUGCCGAGUCUGAAACGUUGGGGCACCUGAAGUGCCAGUGCGAUGGCACCAUCAUAUUGGUGCUAAUCGACAUUGUGUACUACCAUGGCAAAAGGGUCGAGUGUUUCUGCGAGUUGUCGGGAAAGCAGACUUUUGAGCAGGUGAUGGACGUCUUUGUCGACGCGGUUGAAGCCGAGCGCGACUUCUGGCUGGCAACUCUAGUGUGGGCUGGUGAACGCCCUGCAAAACCGCAUGUCAACCGCAGCGAAGACAUAUAUUCAUACGUUCUUGACUCUCUGAGGAACGGGGAGCUUUCGAAGGGUGACAGUCCCGCAUCGCUCAAAUACCGCCUCGACACCUGCCAGAGAUGUCACUCCGCUUCUACAUAUGACACUAUGUUCGCUGGCAGCCGGAACGAGAGCCCCUUUCAGACAGCGGGACGGCACACGACGGUUGGCAAGGUGCAGGAGCAAUGUUGCUGCCCACCAACUGCAUACCCCACUUCCGACAAAGAUGGCGUCGUCCACUCUGAUGUUGCGUUAUCGGGCUGGAAACCCAACGGUGGAGUCCAGCCCGACCAUGACCAACCCGAAGAAGCAGACUUUAUCAUCAUAGACAACAUGAUACAUCCUGCUUUUGUCGACAAUGCCAUGCCAUGCAUUGCAGCCACCUCUGAAACGACAUCAUUUCAAGGCUCCGUCAGCGCCAACUUUGCCGGUGCCUCGGCUGGGCAGUCAGUGGCGUGUUCCAACAUGCCUGGAACUAGGCAAAUGGAAGCGUCCUCACACCAUGAAGACAACACGACCGAUGUGCGUGGUGGUCGUGAUGCUGAAUGCCAUGAGCUUGACGAGCAAACGAUGCAGCGGCUCUUGGCCGCCGUCCGAGACUGGAUCAGAGGCAUCGUGUAUGAAGAGCUACACGAGGCAUUAGAAAAGAUGAACUACAUUCAGCUCCGUGAAGGCGUUGAUUUUGCUGCCACGCAGAAAGCCACAUGUCCAGCUUAUCUUGACAAUGCCAUGUCACGCACUGAAGUCACAUCUGGACCAAUGGCCUUUCAAGGCUCCACGAGAGCUGGUUUUGCUGACACCUCGUCUGGACUGGUAGCAGCACGCUCCAACAUACCUGGAACAACACAACUGGCAGCAUCCUCACGCCGUGGUGCUAACGCUGAAUACUGCAAUCUGGACGUGAGUUGUCAACUUGCUGUGCUGCAUGCCAGACUUGUACAGCACAGCUGUCGCGUGCAUUUUGAAUAG